AUGAGCGGUUACAGAGAUGAGAGUGUCAAGUAUGAUGGGAUUGUGGUGGACAUUUUAUCGAUUGCGUUACCUGCUGCUCUGGCUCUAGCUGCUGAUCCCAUCACCUCUUUAGUUGAUACAGCGUUUGUUGGGCAUUUAGGUUCUGUGGAAUUGGCAGCAGUUGGUGUUUCAGCUUCUGUAUUCAAUUUGGUUUCAAAGCUGUUUAACGUUCCAUUGCUCAACAUCACCACUUCUUUUGUGGCUGAAGAGCAGGCAUUAGUACUUGGCAAGACAAAGGAUGAAUCUCAACUGAUUGAUUGCCAGGGUGAGAAGCAAAGCAAGAAGUUCCUACCCUCCGCGUCCACUUCAUUGGUUCUUGCAGCUAGCAUUGGCAUUGCUGAAGCUGUUGCACUUUUUCUUGGCUCGGGUGUGCUGAUGGAUGCCAUGGGUAUAUCUGCCGAUUCACCAAUGCGGAUACCUGCCGAGCAGUUUCUUUCCCUAAGGGCAUUUGGUGCUCCACCCAUUGUAAUUGCACUUGCUGCACAAGGAACAUUUCGCGGAUUUAAGGACACAAAGACACCUUUGUAUGCCAUUUGUGCUGGCAAUUUACUGAAUGCUGUACUGGAUGGUGUAUUGAUAUUUAUUUAUAAUCUUGGCAUUGGUGGUGCUGCAGUUGCUACUGUGAUUUCUGAGUAUUUGAUUGCUGCUAUUCUUUUGUGGAAACUGAAUACCCAAAUAUUACUUAUGCCUACUAAUAUUGACGCGAAAAGAAUUAUCCGUUAUCUCAAAUCUGGGGGUCUUCUUAUUGGCAGAACCUUAGCAGUGGUUGUAACUACGACACUAGCCACAUCCAUGGCAGCUAGGGAGGGCCCUGUACCUAUGGCUGGUCAUCAGAUUUGCAUUCAAGUUUGGCUGGCAGUAUCAUUGCUUACUGAUGCAUUAGCUCUUGCUGGUCAGACUCUUCUUGCCAGUGGUUAUUCCAAAAAGAAUUAUGAAGAAGCACGCCAAGUGGUUUACAAAGUUCUACAGCUUGGUUUAGUGAUGGGCAUUGGUUUGGCUGGCAUAUUAUUCAUUGGCUUUAAACCGUUUUCUGGCUUAUUCAGUACAGACACAGAAGUCCUGGCAAUUGCAUGGUCUGGUAUAUUGUUUGUUGCUGGAUCUCAGCCGUUUAAUGCUAUAGCAUUUGUUCUUGAUGGGCUGUACUAUGGAGUUUCAGACUUUGAAUUUGCAGCUUAUUCUAUGGUGCUAGUAGGACUUGUUUCUUCCAUGUUCAUACUUUUGGCUGCUCCUGCUUUUGGUCUUGCUGGAAUCUGGGCAGGGUUGUUUCUCUUCAUGGCAUUGCGUGUAAUAGCUGGAAUUUGGAGGUUGGGUACAAAAAGUGGACCAUGGAAGUUGGUCUGGGAUCAGAGGGAGUUGGAAAGUUAGUGAGAUGUAAGGUGGUUAUCUAGUAAAGGGGGAGAGCUUCUAGUCUGCUCCUACAUUGAACGCCGUUGGGGCUGU